AGUCAUGGCGGAGCCUUGGUCUGGGCAGUCCUUGCAGGCUCUGCCGGCCACGGUGCUGGGCGCUCUGGGCGCCCUCGGCAGCGAGUUCCUGCUGGAGUGGGAGGCGCAGGACAUGCGCGUGACCCUCUUCAAGCUGCUGCUGCUUUGGUUGGUGUUAAGUCUCCUGAGCAUCCAGCUGGCGUGGGGUUUCUACGGGAGUACGGUGACCGGGCUGUAUCACCGGCCAGGUCUGGGCGGCCAGAACGGAUCCACACCUGAUGGCUCCACGCAUUUCCCUUCCUGGGAAACAGCAGCAAAUGAACCUCUUAAAACCCACAGAGAAUAA